AUGAAGGACGACAGCAAGGUUAUCGCUAGGGCACAUCCAGUGAUAACCCAGCAGGCGUCCAACGUCGAGGCCGCCAGCGUCAAGGACCUCGACAAAGCCAUAACCUAUGCCCUCGGCGAGAUCGAGGAUCACUUCGACAUCGACUCGGACAACUCGCCCUUCCCCGAGGUCCGCGCCAACGUGCCCAACACGGACGGCCCGAGCAUGCCCGUCAACACUCCCCGCAUGUGGAUCCUCGGCGUGCUUUUCACCAUGAUCGGCUCCGGCAUCAACCAGUUCUUCUCAAUGCGCUAUCCUGGCGUCGCCAUCUCGUCGCUCGUUUCUCAGCUGGUGUCGUACCCCGUGGGCUGCGCCGUGGUUCGCCUGCUGCCUGUCAAGAAGGUCCGCGUCUUUGGCCGCUGGGACCUCACCCUCAACCCGGACCAUAACUUCAACAUCAAGGAGCAUGCCUCGUAUAUCUGUUUGCUGACAUUGGUAGAUAACGUGGUGGUAAACAACCUCUUCGGCAUGUCCACAGGCCUCGCCUACCUGCCCAUCACCUUUGACUGGUCACAGAUCGCAUACAACGGCUCUCCCCUGGUCGUUCCGUUCUGGGCGCAGGCCAACGUCUUUGCUGGCUGGGUCGUUAUCUUCGCCCUCAUCACGCCCAUGCUGUACUAUACCAACACGUGGUACAUAUCAUACCUCCCGUUCUCGGGAGCUGAUACUUAUGACAAUACUGGCCAGAUCUACCACGCCACGCGUGUUGUCGGCAAAGAUGGCAACUUCAUGAAGGAGGAGUACGAAAAGUACAGCCCUGUCUUCAUGCCGUACAAGGAUAUCAUCGGCGCCUUCAACCCGGGACGAAAGAAGGAUAUUCAUGCCCGCCUCAUCGAGAGGUACCCCGGCACCAAGUGGUGGUGGUACGCCGUCCUCACUGUCGUCGUCCUAGUCUUGACCAUCGUCAUACAAGUGGUCUACAAGACCCAGAUGCCGGUCUGGGGCGUCUUUGUGGCCUUUGCUCUGGCCUUGAUCUAUCUAAUCCCGACCGGUAGCGUGUACGCCGUCGCUAACCUCAACAGCAACGUCCUCACAGUCCUGGGCAAGAUCAUCUCCGGAUAUGCCCUCCCCGGCCCCUGA